AUGCCGUACUUUGACGACAUCUUGGUAGCCUCUAGAACACAGAGUGACCAUGCAACCCAUCUGCGAAAGGUGCUUGAAAUAGCACGCAACAACAAUCUGAAGCUAAACAAGGACAAGCUCAAGCUGGGUCUGUCUACAGUAACCUACCUUGGUCACCAGCUUAUCCGAGAAGGCAUUGCUCCUGACCCUGAAAAGACCAUCAAGACAGUAGACGAGGAACAUGGUGUCCUGGUCUGCACAUUGGUUCACGCAUCCACAGCAAAGCUGGCUGAAAUCCAAGCUAGCACGGCAGCAGAUGAGGUCUUGAAGCGUGUAACGACCUACAUCGAGCACGGUUGGCCAAAUAAAAUCUCAAAGGUCCACCCGUCAGUCAGACCCUUCUACUCAAGAAGAAGUGAGCUCUACAUAACCGAUGGCUUCAUCUGCUAUGGCGAACGACUAGUAGUGCCAGAAGCAUGCAAGAAGGAUGUGAUCUCUAGACUUCACAUGACCCAUCGCGGCAUUGUCGCAUGCAAAAACCUGGCUUCCCAAAGCGUCUUCUGGCCUAGGAUAAACCAGGACAUCGAGGAGCUGAUCAGCAGCUGUGAAGUUUGUCAACGCCACCAAGGAGCAAAUCAAAGAGAACCACUUCUUGACCGAGACUUGCCAAUACGCCCAUGGGAGAAAGUAGCCAUGGAUUUCUUCUACCACGGUGGCACCACUUAUUUGCUUGUGGUAGAUUAUUACUCGAAGUUUGUGGAAGUCAAGAAAAUGUCGACUACAACGGCAUCUGCUCUUAUAUCAGUGCUCAAGGAGCUGUAUGCGCGCCACGGCACACCAAGUGAAGCUGUCAGUGACCAAGGCCCCCCAUUUGUUUCUGUGGAGUAUAGAAGCUUCAACAAGGAGUGGGAUAUCGUCCACAACCCAUCGUCACCACUCUUUCCGAGGUCCAAUGGACAAGCAGAACGGACAAUACAAACCAUCAAGGCCACAAUGACUAAGGCUCUCUCCGAAGGAAAGGACUUGGCACUAGUGUUGAUGACCUACAGAGCAACGCCAAAAGAACCAGCCAUUUUGGUUUUGGCAUGGAAAAAGUUGGAGAAAAGCAGUUGUGACACAGCACCUCCCUUCGUCAGUCCAAUGCAACAGACUCGCCACCACAAGCUCAACCCCGCCAGACUCGCUCAGGAAGACCUGUGA